CAUUACAGACUAAAGAAAAGCUUAAAAGGCAGACAGAGCACACCAACCACCAGAGAUAUUGGAGAUCAUCUCAGGUAAUACUCCUCUGUUCAGAUCCACGCGUUAAAAAAGCACUUAAAAUAGUGACUUAAAGUACAAUGGCAGUACAAUGGAACUUGAGGUUCGGAAUUGUCCUCAUUGGUGAUUCAGCAGUGGGGAAAUCAUCUCUUCUACAACGCUAUACUGAAGGGACGUUUGAAGAGGCCAGUUUGAGUCCAUUGGGAAUUGAUUUUAAAGUCCAGUACCUUGACUUUGACCCUGGUAUCCUGAUCAAGCUGCUUCUCUGGGACACAGCGGGGCAAGAGAGAUUCCAGUCUAUUUCUAAGUCCUACAUGAGGAACUCAGUGGGUUGCAUUCUGAUGUUUGACAUCUCCCAGCGCCAGAGCUUCAAGAAUAUACGGAACUGGCACAGAGAAGUAAUGGACUACGUCAAGCCAUUCACCAUGGUCUUCAUGCUGGUGGGUCACAAGAGUGACUUGCUGGUUCGCCGGCAGGUCAGAAGGGCCGAGGGUGAGGCACUGGCUAAGGAGCUGGACAUGGCCGGCUACGUCGAAGUCUCAUCCAAGGAGAACGUCAACGUUGGCUUGUCGUUUGAGAGUCUCGUCAGAGUGAUAUACAAAAGGUUAAACCAAGGAAAGAUACCCUUGGACCAGGGCUGGCAAGGACUGACAAUUGGACUACCUUUCUGGAAGGAUGAGGAAAUCAUUCAGCAGAAGAGUUGUGCCUGAUGGUUUUCUCAGCAUCUAUACAGGGUUGCCACCUCUCACGCAUCUAGCGUGACGCUCACCCUUUCAAGAAAUCUGACAGCAAAUCUAUAUUAUUCCAUUAUAAACUUAAAAUUACCUGCAUCAACAGCACUGGGGUGGUUUGCAAACCAAACCCUACGGACUAUUUACAAGGUAGUAAAACUGUUACAUACUUCAAAAUGCAUGUGCGUGCAGCAUUGUUUCGACCUUCAAAUCUCACGCCAGCCAGCUGAAAAAAGUUGGCAAUCCUGUCUAUGUAUUUUAUUUUGUUACUUUUAUAGUUAAUACUAUUUUCGCUUUGGUCUGCAUCAUUUUGUAUUCUGCCCAAAGUAUUCCAGGAAAAAAAGUAGCUUAACUCUGCUUGGCUUACGUAUCUGCACAAAUUUCACUGAUAAUAUGUUCCCAAAUAGUUUUCAGUCAUCUUCAAAAAGAUUUAAAGAAUUUACUCAUCACAAUACAAUUGUUUCAUUUUUAGCAUCUGUUAAAACUCUAUUUACCACUUAAGAUUUCCUUUUCGAAAACGUUUGUAAUACAAUUGUGAGUGAGAAGCCGUCACAACAUAAUAACAAUAAACUUGUUUGGCUAGA